AUGCAAGGUUAUAUAUAUUGUCGAGACAAACCUCGUUCAAUAAUUCUUCGUCCAAUCUCUUCUUCAGAAAAAUAUAAUCAGUUAAUACUGUCAUUUAAGCAAAUAACCCAAAAUUCAGAUUCUCGACCUAAAUGUAAUGUAAGACUUUUACCUGAAUCCGAAAUAAAAUUAGAAGAAUAUAGAAAACUUAAUCAGAAACCUAUAUUUGGAUGCUUGGGAUUACUUCAAUUAGGAGAUGUUGUGACAAAAUGUCAUUCAAUUGGAGAAAUUCGACCACAAGAAUCAGUUUAUCGUAUUUUGAAUGUAGAAUUUUAUUCACUUGUCAAUAGUUCAUGGGAUUCUUUACCCUCCAAUUCCAAUAAUCGAACAAAUUUUGAUGAAAAUGAAUUACAAAAUAAUUACAUUCAUCCUUGUUAUCAAUUAAGAAAAUUACUUUCAAAUGGUCAUUUUUAUUUUUCUUCAGAUUUUGAUUUAACCAAAACAUUAAGUUCCAGGAUUAAGUCAAAUUCUUCCGAUAAAAAUACUUUCGAUGACCAUUUUUUAUGGAAUAGAUUUUGGAUUGAAGAAUUAUUAAAAUUUAGAUUAAAUCUAGAUAAAGAAAAACAAAUCGAAAUGGAUAAUAGCGGAUUUUUAGAUGCCUUAAUUUGUUCUAAUAGAGCUUCAAUAUCAGUUAUAUCUAAAUUAAGUUGUAAACGAGCAGGAACUAGAUAUAAUACUCGUGGAAUUGAUGAUGAUGGAAAUGUAGCAAAUUUUACAGAAACAAUUUUGCAAAUGCCGUCAGCUUGUUAUUCUUAUAUACAAGUUCGAGGAAGUGUACCAGUGGUUAGUCAUAGAAUUCAAUUAUCACGAGGUGCUGCUGCAACCCAACCAGCAGUUGAACGACAUUUUAAUGAAUUAAAGAAAAGAUAUGGAAAUGUACAUAUCAUAAAUCUUUUAGGGGCCAAGGAAGGAGAAUUUUUGUUAAGUGAUGAAUACAGGAAUCGAAUAAAAUCUUUAAAUGAAAAAAUUGGAAACAUUGAAAAAAAGAUUGAAAAAAAAAUUGAAAUAUAUAAUAAUGAGGAUAAUGAAGUAAAAAUUUCUGAAUUUGAUUUUAAUGGUAUUUGUAAAAAUGGAAAUUAUGAAAAUGCGAAUAUAUUAAUUCAUGAUAUCCGAGAAUUAUUGGAAUCAUCUGCCUUUCUUGUGGUAGAUUCAGCAACGAAUACUCCAAUAUGUUAUCAAAAAGGGGUAUUUAGAACUAAUUAUAUGUAUUUAAUGCAAAUAGAAAUCAAUCCUUAUGAUAUAGGAAAUUUAUAUUCUAGGCAUUCAUAUUUAUGGGCAGAAAAUGGUGAUAGUUUAUCUAAAAUAUACGCAGGUACUGGUGCCCUCAAAUCUGAAUAUACUCGAAGUGGAAAACUCACGUGGACCGGUGUUCUUAACGAUGCAACUAAAUCAAUGAAUAGAUUUUACAUUAAUAACUUUCAAGAUAAAUCAAAACAGGAAGUCAUUGAUUUAUUACUUGGUAAAUUAAUGAAUUCCAGGAAAAUUGAGAUUCAUGAUCCAGUAAAUGAAAUGGUACGAUCAGACAUGAAAAAAAGGUUGAACGAAUUUUCAGAAAAAUCGAUGAUCAAUAUUUUCACUGGUACUUAUAAUUUGAAUGGUAAAUUGCCUUGCGAAUCUCUUACUCCUUGGCUUUGGGCUUUCAGUGAUCAAAUUGUCGAAUUAAAACCUCAGCAGAUAGUUUAUGCUGAUCCAGAAAAAUUAAAUAUUUGGGAGGAUGAAAUAAAUAAAACUCUCAAUUUUAUCGAUCAUUACGUAAUAAUAAGAUCUGAUCAAUUAGUUGGUACAGCAUUAGUUAUUUAUGCUCGAGCAGAUAUUGUUUCUAAUAUACGUAAUGUUGAAUAUGUCAUGAAAAAGACAGGUUUGGGAGGAAUGGCAGGAAACAAAGGAGCAGUAGCCAUUCGUUUGGAUUAUGAUGAUACCAGUAUAUGUUUUGUGACGGCUCAUUUAGCUGCUGGACAAUCAAAUUGGGCAGAUAGAAAUAGAGAUUAUAGAACAAUUAAUGAUGGUAUUAUUUUCAAAAAUGGUCGUAAUCUUAAUCAUCACGACAAUGAACAGGUUCGAGAACUUAUAGAAAUGGAAAAUUUCGAACGAUUGUUAAAUGCAGAUCAGUUGACACACGAAAUUGCUCAUGGAAAUGCUUUUACUGAAUACAUUGAAGGUCCUAUCACGUUCUUUCCUACAUAUAAGUAUGAUGAUAAUUCGGAUAAUUAUGAUUCGAGUGAAAAACAACGAAUUCCUUCCUGGACAGAUCGAAUUUUAUAUCGAGGAAAUGGAACAAACAAAAUUCGACAAAUUGGAUAUACCAGAGCUGAAUUAAAAAUUUCUGAUCAUAAACCAGUUAUGUCAUCAUUCGACCUUGAGACAAUAAAAUUUGAUAAAAAAAUCAAAGACAAAAUUAAACGUGAACUUUAUUUCGAAAAAUUGAAAUUGGUGUCAAAAAGUAAUUAUAAUCAAGAUAAAAUCACCACUAAAACUAUUAAGGAUCCUACUAAAAAUUGGAAUAAAGUUGCUACGAAUGUUAGAAAGGUUAAUAAUCCAUUAUUACCGAGUCAUAAUUAUGGUCUUGAUGAUAGUAAAAAUAAUGAUAAAUCAAAAAAUUUUAAGAAUGUUGCUAUGAAAGCAGUUGAAAAUACUGGACCACCUGUUGGAAUUUUAAUUGAUUUGAAUGAAAAUAAUAAAAGCGAUGAAUUAUCUAAACAAUUUAAAGGGAAUAGUAAUAAUGAAGAAUUACCUCUAAAUAUAGAAAUAUCAUCAUCUUUACCACCAUUGCCACCACAUAAUGAAAAUAUAUUCUUGGAAGAUGAUGAUGCCUUUUUAUCAAAGGCACCAAGUUUCACCACUACCACGACGAAACAAAAUGAAAUUAAACAAGGUUCAAAAAUUCCACCAAUAAUUAAACCGAAACCAAAAGUCAUAAAAAGAUCAUCAUCACAAGGAUUACAAGAUUCACAAGAAGAAAUUAAGGAUAAUCAAAAUAACUGUAUAACCAUCAUGAGUUUAGAAGAAUUCUUUAAAAAACCCAUCAAUAAUAAAGAAGAUGCUACAAAUAUUUCCCAGAAACAUAAAGUGAAUAGUUCAAUAAUAAAUGCCGCCACGGGUUUUGCUUUUAAUAAAAACCAAGAUACAAGUCACACUUCUAAUUUGGGUGACAAGUCAUCAGUCCUUUCUCCUCGUGCCUUUGGAAGUUUACGUGGAAAUGUAAGAACUUUGAAUGAUUCUCCUGACCAAAGUGAUAGUUCGGGUUCCAGUUCUGAUGAAACUGAGUCAUCAGAUUCUUCAGUUGCUCGAGUCGAACAAGCAAAAUCUAAAGCUAGUUCUACCAUAGGUUCAAAUGUUAAUUUAAAAAACAAAUCAGUUGAUAAGAAUAUUCAAGAAACUAAUAUUGAUGCGGCUCCGAAAAAAGCUCGCGCAAAAGUUUCAGCAAAUAUGAUUAUAUCAGAUUUUAGUGAUGUAGGACCACAAAGGCAUAAUGACGAUUCAGAAAGCUUUUUAAAUAAAUACGACAGCCGGUCUGAAGUAUCUAGAAGCAAAGAAACCACUCGUCAAAGAAGAACUAACAAUAUUUUCAAUGACUCUCCUCGUAAAGUUUCAUUUGAUGCCAACGCUGACCCUACUUUUAAACCUGAAAUUGGUUAUUCUCGUUCUGAUAUACGUUCUGAUGUUUCAUGGGGAAGUGAUCCUGUUUCUAAUCGACAAGAUGAUUCUUAUUAUAAUAAUAACAAUAAAUAUCAAUCAAACCCUAGAUAUAUUAAUAAAUUAUCAUCAGAUGCUCCAAGAACAUGGUCCGAAGUAACAUAUCGUCCACAAGAUGCAAGAACUGAUAUAUCCUAUAGGAGUGACCCGGGAUUUAGUGGUCAACCUAAUCGUAGGACGACGGCCUCUUAUAUGACUGAACGCGUUCCUGCAUCUAUUGAUGAGAAUAAUCUAUUCUUUUCUAAUUCCCAUUCCUCUUCACCACAUGAAAAAGCAAAACAUAAACCUAGAGUCUCUAUGGGUGCAAUGAUGGAUGUAUCAAAUGAGUUGAUGUCUUUAUCUUCUGAUCCAAAAAUUCAACGCAAAGUAAGUUCUCAAUUAAUUUUAAUAAUAAUUUCCAAUAAAUCACUCAUAACUUUGAAUUCUAGUCUUGAUGCUACUAUCAAAGAACAAGCACUCAAAUUGGCCAAUUUGCCAUCAUUUGAGUCAAUUGUUUCAACACAACAACAACAACUUGAUCACAUUCUUAAGGUAGAGAAAUUGAUGGAUGUUUUGUCGAAUAAGAUGUCAGAACAAGAAACUGAAAUAAAAACUUUAAAAGAUAAAUUAUGUGAAGUAGCGUAA